GGAUUAUUUUUGUAAGAUGAGUGACAGCGAAAACGAACAAAUAGAAAACCAAGAUGAACCCAUGAUUGAAGAAGAGAACUCAGUCGAUAAUGAGGAGAUUGUUGAUGCUAAAGAGGAAGAAGAGGUAGACAUCCAACCUCUUACCAUCGACAAUAUUGAAGAUGACAAUAAAAAUGCAACAUUUACCUUCUAUGAUGAAGAGCAUACUCUAGGAAAUGUGCUACGUAAUACAUUAAUCAAGAACAAGAAUGUUGACUUCUGUGGGUACACAGUUCCUCAUCCAAGUGAACCAUACAUGAAACUCAGAGUACAAUCAAACAAGAAAGAUGCUAAAGUAGUUUUAAAGCAUGGAUUUAAAAGAAUUUCGAAGGAAUGAGACAUCAUAACUGAGAAAUUCCUUGAAUCAGUUGCUAAAUUUAAGCAAACCCAGAUGGAAGAUUAGCAUUAGUGUUUAUA